AUGAAAGAGAUCUUCCUCGUAUGCAACGCCGCAUACAGCAUGCAAAGAGUGAUCGAAUCCCUACGCGCCUCGGCCGCAGAAACGAUUACGGAAAUGGAGGACCUUCAAACCCGACUGGAAAACACUCUCAUCACCAAGAGCGACGGAGACGCAAUGAUCACCCACCUGAUGGCAGAAAAUGAAGCAUACCUAAAAGUCAUCCAAUCACGAGGGGUUUCACACCGCACACCGGAACAUCCCGAUCCUGAACCAUUCACUGGCGAAGACCCCUCUCUCCUGCAAAAUUUCCUCCAACAACUUGACUUAAAGCUCGAAAUGAACAAAGAUUGGUGGACUUCAGAGCGCCAACGUAUGGGAUAUGUAGUCUCAUGUCUCAAAGGUAAAGCUCAUGACCAGAUCCGGUACAACAUUAAAGAUGGGGUAGUCCUAUUUGAUAACGUCGACGCAAUAAAAGAAGUCCUUAAAUCAGUCUUUGGAGACAUUGACGCCCAAGCCACGGCCCAACGCAAAAUCUUCGACAUGAAACAAGGCCAUAGACCUCUCACGACAUUUCUCCCCGAAUGGUACGCUGUCGCCAAACUCACCGGCUGGGAUAGCCCGGCCCUCAUUUCCCACCUCCGACGCGGUCUUCACGAAAACAUCACUUGGAGACAGUGA